UAAAAAACAAGUUGCCUUAAUUUAUAAAAUUCGAUUAAUUUAAAAACCAAUACUAUGAAAUAUUGUAACAUCAAAACAGUUAUAUUAAAAUUAUUGAAUAAAGUUAUGAUUGUUUCCUUUUUAUAUUUGUUAAUACAUUAAAGUUAUGUUCAGUUAUGUUGAACUGAAUAGUAUAGCGAUCUUCUUCUCAAGAUAAAAGUGUAACAAGUAAUAAUCAUUGAAUGACUACUCAAUAAAAAAAUCGUUUUCAUACCAGGAAAGAAAUGCCUUAGGUCAGCAAUUCUUACAAUCUCAAUAUUAGCUCAAGCAUUUUGAAUGAAGUGUUAAGUCAGUUUGAUCACUCAACAGAUAGCAGCAUCUGCAAGAUAUCAGCAACAAUAAAAGCCUGCUUGAGGAACAGCCUGGCAGUAAACUGUUGGUGCAUCUUCUGGGUUUCAGUUUUUGGUAAAAAAAUUGAUUCAAAAUGAAAUAUAUGCUGCCUAUUAUUCUACUGACCAGCUCGUUGCUGGCCUCGGAGGGAGCCAAAAUCCUGAUAGUGCUGCCCAUUCCGUGGUACAGCCACACCAACACCUUCAUGCCGGUCUUCAGAGAGCUUGCUAAGAGGGGUCACCAAGUGACAAUGGUGUCACCAUUCCCUCAGAAGAAACCUUUGCCUAACUGGACGGAUCUUACUGUUAAUGCUACAGCAUUUUCAGAAGUUAUAGAGGAUUUUGUAACCAGCUUUGUUGGUCAAAACGUAUAUAUGUUCUACCCUAUUUUUUGGCGUGUCUUUACGGACUUGAUGAAAGUGUCAUUUCAAGAUCCAGCUGUUCAAGAAGUAAUAAAAUCAAAUACAAAUUAUGAUCUUGUGAUAAUUGAACCAUUCUAUGCUCAAGAACCAUUAGUGGCAUUUGGGCACAAACUGAAUGUUCCCGUUGUCGCAAUACAUCCCUUGGGCCUAACUCCAUGGGGAGCUUAUUUGACCGGAAAUGAAAUGUCUUUCCAUCUAAUGCCAAAUAUCCGCACAGCUUACACGAAUGAAAUGACAUUUUUCCAACGCUUGGACAACUUGUUGGUCAACGUGAUAGAAUUUGCUGUAGCUUAUUUCCACUAUGUUCCAAAUAAGGAAAGACAAAUGGAUAAGUACAUGGUUUAUCCUGGAAGUGAUAACCGACCAUCGAUGCUGCAAAUGUUAAGAAAUGUUUCUUUGACAUUAAUCGACUACCAUCCCUCUUUGCUCUACCCAGAACCCCUACAGCCUAACAUGAUUCCUGUCGGAGGGCUCAGUAUCUCGCAUGUUGAUGAAUUACCAAAGGAUUUGAAAGAUAUUAUGGAUAAUGCAAAGAACGGGGUAAUAUUUUUAAGUUUUGGUUCAAUACUCCGAGGUAAAGAAUUGGAAGGAAAAGUUAUUUCAGUAAUUUUCGAAACUUUUGCUAAAUUGGACCAAGUAUUGUUAAUGAGGUGGCACACUGAGGACGUUCCCAACAAACCAAACAAUGUUAUAAUAAAAACAUGGAUGCCGCAGCCCAGUAUAUUAGCUCAUCCGAAUGUUAAGAUGUUCAUUACUCAUGCUGGGCUUCAUGGUAUUACGGAGGGUGCAUACUUUGGAAUGCCUCUUGUAUGUAUUCCUUUGUUUUCUGAUCAAGAAUUCGAUGCGAGGUUUGUUGAAAAAGCUGGCUAUGGAACUGUUCUUCUUCUACCAGAUCUCACCAAAGAAAAUCUUCUUGCUAACAUCAAUGAAGUAUUAAAAAAUCCUAAAUACAAGAAAACAGCACUGGAAAGAUCUGCAAUUCUCAAGGACAGGCCACAGACAGCACUUGAAUCAGCUGUUUAUUGGGUCGAGUAUGUUAUUAAGCACAAAGGCGCAGGUCACCUCAAACCUGCGAGGCUGCAACUGUCGCUGUUUCAGAACUUAGGCUUAGACAUUAUUACUUUUCUUCUCUCUCUCCUUGCAAUUUUAGUUUUAGUCAUUUGUAAAAUUGUUACUUACUUGAAAUUACUAAAAUAUAAGAAUUCAGUCAAAACUAAAAAAGAAUAAUUCUUACAAAGUUUUAUGGUGCCCAUAUAUAUAUGCCCACAUGGUACCAUAAAGAACAUGAUGCUUCUUUGUAUGUAUUUAUUAUAUGUAUAUAAUAUGUGAUGUAUAAAUAAAUAGGUAGUUUGUACAUUUUAUUGUUCAAGGUAAUUGUUUUAAUGUAUAUUAAAUGUUUGUGCAAUUGUAAUAAUUUUUGUAAAAGAAAAAUAUAACAUAAUACAAUGUAUUAAAAAUAAACUUUUAUUUUUAAUGUUAA